GGGUAUAAGUUCGAACACAUAUCCAACAUACAAUUAUACAUUUCGUGAACGUACACCGGUAUACACACAAAAGCAUAACAUUUUAUCGUAAAGUGCAAAGUGUGCGUCACUAAUAUGGAAUUGACAAGCAAAACCUUCGCUCUAUUGCUGGUAGUGGGAUCGGCCUUGGCCCAAUACGAAGACUUCGGAGGCUUCGAGGGCUACCAUCACAAGCCUAUUUCUCAUCAACAGCACCAAGCAUCCGACGAACACCACGGCCAAGAAUAUGAACUGGAUUACCAUGCACAUCCGAAAUAUUCUUUCGACUAUUCCGUAAAAGAUCCUCACACUGGCGACGAGAAAGAACACUGGGAGACUAGAGACGGUGACAAGGUUAAAGGAACCUACACCCUGGUCGAGACAGAUGGCACAAAACGCGUCGUCGAAUAUGAAGCCGACGAUAAGAACGGCUUCAACGCCGUCGUGCACAAGAUAGGCACCCCCAAGCACGAGGAGUACCACGCCAAGCCAGCCCACGAGCCGGUCCAAUACCAGCACGACUACGGACAUUUCGACGAGGGUUACGCUCCGAUAUCGGCCAGUUUCGAACACUAAGGCAAUAAGUAGGUACAACGUCGACUGAUUUUACUGUCGGUUAUCAUGAUUAAUACAAAAAUCGGUUGUGACUCGUUAGAUCCAAUAUCGGAAUUCAAAAUACCUUAAUGCAUCUAAAAGCUUCCAUUAGGGCAUUCAGAUAUCUAUUUUAAAUUAUGUGGGUAGUUGAAGAAUUUUAAUGCGUUUAGGGCAUAGAACGUUUUAACGCAUUGUACGCCAGCCCUGCGAUAAAGCUGCUUUCAGACUACGCUAUACUAUCGUACCGUAUAGUAUAGCAGCGUAUACUUAGCCAAUAAUAUAUAGUACAGUACAGUGUGAACGUGUCCAUAACAAAGUAUGG